AUGGCGCUGCGAGCAGCAUGGAGUGUACAGGCCGAGGCCUGCAGCCUGCGCACAGCCUCAGUGCCCGCCAUGCCCUGCCCGCCGCGGCCCUGGCAGCUGCGGGUGGGCCCCGUUUGGACGCUGCGCACGGGACCAGCUCUGCUGUCGGUGCGUAAAUUCAUGGAGAAACAUGAGUGGAUAACAGAAAACGGUACUGGAACAGUGGGAAUCAGCAAUUUUGCACAGGAAGCUUUGGGAGAUGUUUUUUAUUGUAGUCUGCCUGAAGUUGGGACAAAACUGAACAAACAAGAUGAGUUUAGUGCUUUGGAAAGUGUAAAAGCUGCUAGUGAACUCUAUUCUCCUCUGUCAAGAGAAGUAACUGAAAUUAAUGAAGCUCUUGCAGAAAAUCCAGGACUUGUCAACAAAUCUUGUUAUGAAGAUGGUUGGCUGAUCAAGAUGACACUGAGUAACCCUUCUGAACUAGAUGAACUAAUGAGUGAAGAUGCGUAUGAGAAAUACAUAAAGUCUAUUGAAGAGUAAAAGUAGAACCCUUAAAUAAAGUAGUAU